AUUCUUAGAUGGCAGCACAUUCUCAUUAACAUCAACAAAAAUAUAACACAUAAGUGGAUAAUAUUACAUGUUAAAUAAAUUUUGUAAUAUUUAGAAACUGAAAAUCAGUUAAGUUUGGCACAAUGAUUACAAUGUACCAUUAAGUUUUAAUUAGGGAUGUGGAUUGACAAUAUUUAUAAAGAAUAAAGAUGGUCGCUUGAUCAAUAUUGUGCAGGUCACCAUGGCAACGAAAUCCAGCUUCCUAACACUUUUAUGCUAUUCAAUUAAAAAGUCUUUACUACUAAACUACAGACCUUUAUUAAUGUUGUCAUUUCAGAAUUUUUUAUUUAGUUGUAUAAUAAAUCAUGACAUUAGCAGCAAUUUUUGUGUUGUAUAAAAAUAAAGUGAAACAUGGAUGGUCUUGAUUUACUAGCACGUGAAGAUGAAUUUAAGAAGCUUAACAAGCAAUUGGAAAAGAAAACUGAAACCCUUAUGAAGGAAAUCGAGCAAGUAAUGCAAAAGCAAGACAUAUUCACUGAAUUUACUUCAAAUGUCUACAAUACAAAUUCAAAAAAGCACUACUGUAAUACACAAAAUGCUGCAACACCAUUUCCCAUACACAAGUCAUUCAAAUCAACAAAAAAGAAUGCACAAAUUGCUACCAAAAAAUUGAAUAUGGAACAUAAAACACAAAGAAUACAUCAAGAAUUUCAAAAUGGGACCCAAAAUAUUCAUCAUAUUGACCCAAAAUGCAUUGACUCGUGUACACAACCCACCAAAACCACAAUAGCAUGUAAUUGUUGUAGUGAAAAGGCAAGCAACAAUGAUAUGGAAUAUUUAUAUGCAUUUGUGUCUGUUAAUGUUAAGGAUGAAGUGUUUCCAAAGUCAUUUUUAAAAGAUGGAGUCACAGUGGAAAAUGUUUGUAAAUUUUUAUCAUCAAAGGUGAAACUUAUGCAGGAGCAAAUAGACAAAUUAAAAAUUACCAUAGAAAAAAAGACGUCGCAAUGUGAGAUGCAUCUCACACAGCUAGCCGAGUUGGAGAGUCAGAAACUGGGGCUCUUGAACUCUACUAACAACAUGAAGGCGACCACGGCUGAGAUGAAGGCUAAAUGUCUCGCGUUACAGAAUAGACUUGAUGAGAAAGACAAACUCUUCAAAGAGAAGAGGAGCGAAUCGGACAAGUUAUCUUCGGAAGUCAAAAAACUGAGGUCCAAAACAUCAAGCUUGAGGCGAGGUGCGCUGCGCAAGAGGAAACUCUGGAAACCAUGAAACAACAGUUGGAAGCAGCGAGGAAAGCGGAAAAGGAGUUCCGCGACUCUUCGCGAUCCCUUUCAGCAUCACACCAGACUAUUAUUAGCCGACUGGAAGACCAGAUCAAGGGUCUGCAGAGCCAUGUGGAUAGGCAGAAUGCGCUUAUCAAGAAUUUGAAGAAACAGAACGCCAUACUUGUGACUGAUGGCGCUUUGAAAGCUUUGGAGCAAGAGUAUACGAAAUUACUAAAUCAGGAUUUGUAGGGCAUCCAAGCGCUGGACAACCUCAAAAGUACUGCCUCCAUUAACAUCACGGCGGGCGGUGUGGGGCAUUCGUUUGCAAACCUUCGUUUAAAGAGCGAGCGUGGCCGCGGGAUAAACUAUAACAUAGGUGUAUAUGUAAGCGAUAAUCUUUUAUAAAUAA